AUGUCGAAGGAACUUAUCUGCUACCAGAACGCCCUCCUCUCCGUUGCUUCCCUUGCUACGGGUGAUGUUGUAUACCGAGCAGAUUGUUCUGCUUCUGUCAUUAGAAAUGAACAACGUCUAGACGCACGACGUGUCCGGGACUCCUCCAAUCCCGACUACACGCAAUACGGCUACCCAAAUGCUGCACCCCGCUAUCCGGAUGGCUCUCAUCAACACAAUGGUUCUCCCCAUUACCCCGUUGAUUCCAAUGCCUACCCCGGAGCCCAACAUCCUUAUCACGGUGGUUCCCACGGCAUGGCUAUACCCCAAGGAUAUCCUUCUGGAGGUUACUACCCACCUCCUACCACGUCUCAUUCGUCGGCAACAGGUCCUUUGAUUUCCCAUUGGAGGACUUUUUUAACUAACCAACGGGUCCAGGUCAACAUCGAAGGCUACGGUUGGUUAGUUGGAACUGUUGUUGCUAUGCUCGGCGCUGUACAGGCAGUGAGUGCUAUGUCUUUUGGCACUGUAGUGUCAGUGACUGGCUCUGACAAGCUUACUCAGGUAACAGGCGCUUUUGUUAGGGUGAGGUACAGCCAAGAAAGUAAGGACCGGAAUGGACAUGUUACAGCAACAUCUUCGAAGGGUUGA